UGCCAUUAAAGACUAAUUGGAUAUGGUCACAAAUGCCUUUCAUUCUUCGAGGCAAUGACCAUUUGUGAAAACAUUUCUUGACCAUUUAAUGACUCUGUUAAGAGUAAAGUAGGGGCUGCCAGUCAGCUCAAUUUGUGGUAGCAUGGUGUUAUAACACCAAGGUCAAGGGUUAAGAUCCCCAUACCAACCAACGCCCCCCCCAAAAAAAGAGCAAUCUAGUGGAGCUCCGUUUCAUCCAUCUCAAUCCCAUUCCCUUGGCCAGAAAGGAAUUUCCUACAACAACCUACAUAAAAGUCUUUAAAAUAUGCUCUUCACUCCAUGUGAAUGGUACUGACUGCCUUAGGCUCAGUGCAGUCAACUACAGGUGAGUACUUCUCCUCUGCCUGGUCCCCAGCAUCCGAGCCCUGUGGGAGAUUCUUUGCAUGUGAAAUUCAGAGCCACCUGCACCAUGAGCCUUUUCGUGGAAUGCGUCAGGGCCCUGAUUGUAACCUGCUGGUCCAUGUCGGGGCGAGAGGUUAGGAAUGGUGGUUUCUGUUGCCUUGAGUCCGCUGCACUAGUCACCUUUUGUAUUUUUUUUUGCAUGGGUCCUCCGAGUCCAAUUCCAAUACUGACCGCAGCUGCCCCAGCCUCUUGUUCGGCUGAGCCACUGCUGCUGGACGUGCAUGUGCUCUGGCAGCAGUUCCCUAUGGACACAUCCCGUUAAAUGAAUGGGACGUCAGGAUGUGCUAGGUGCCCCACGCCUGGCUGCGACGGUUCUGGACACAUCACGGGCAAUUAUGCUUCUCAUCGAAGUCUUUCAGGUUGCCCGCGAGCAAAGAAGAGUGGCAUCAGGAUAGCGCAGAGCAAAGAAGACAAGGAAGACCAGGAGCCCAUCAGGUGUCCAGUCCCUGGCUGUGAUGGUCAGGGCCACAUCACCGGGAAGUAUGCCUCUCACCGCAGCGCGUCAGGAUGUCCCUUAGCAGCCAAGAGGCAGAAGGACGGGUACCUCAAUGGCUCCCAGUUCUCCUGGAAGUCUGUCAAGACGGAAGGCAUGUCCUGCCCCACACCGGGAUGCGACGGGUCCGGACACGUCAGCGGCAGCUUCCUGACGCACCGCAGCUUGUCGGGAUGCCCGCGAGCCACGUCCGCGAUGAAGAAAGCAAAGCUGUCCGGAGAGCAGAUGCUGACCAUCAAGCAGCGGGCCAGCAACGGUAUAGAAAACGAUGAGGAAAUCAAGCAGUUAGAUGAAGAAAUCAAGGAACUGAACGAGUCCAAUUCCCAGAUGGAGGCUGAUAUGAUCAAGCUCAGAACUCAGAUCACCACGAUGGAGAGCAACCUGAAGACCAUCGAGGAGGAGAACAAAGUGAUCGAGCAGCAGAACGAGUCUCUUCUGCACGAGCUGGCCAACCUGAGCCAGUCCCUGAUCCACAGCCUGGCCAACAUCCAGCUGCCACACAUGGAGGAUGGUGUAUGGUGGGGGCAAUAAAUCAGGUUUUUUGCAUUCCAAGGAAAUGGCAUAUGGAUUAACUGUAAGAAAUGAAAUAAGUAAUUUAUUGUAAGACAACAUCAAGCCAUGGAAACUUGGCAGAAGAUUCAAAGCAGCUUAAACAGCACUUUUAAAUUAACUCCUAAACAUUACAUGGUGUGACUAUGGAGCUUAUCAGAGGUGGACAACACGAAGAUUUCCUUUUCCAUUUUCAAUAAACUUUGGAACAACCUUCUCUUAUCUCCUCUAAAGUUUCAUGCCCCUCUGAACUGUCUGUUAUUGCUAUGUAGUUUAUCUAACAGAAUUUGUGUGUUUUCGAUUUAAGCUAAAAGAUCAUUUAAGAGCAUUUAUUUCCCCUUUUUACUUUUAAAAUCAUUAUGGAUAAUUAUUGUUAUUACUCUUAUUAUUUCACAAUUGAAGGAAAAAGCAAAUGAUUUGUGAGUAUUCUGGUUACUGGACUGAAUUUUCUGCUGGAUCGGGUGGGAAAGCAGCUCAGUAAAGUUUCCCUCCCCGCCCCCCACCCAGACUUGACUUUGAGUAGCGUUUGGUCCACUCAGAGUACUCUUACAGCGACGUUCAUGGCCCACCCUUCGCUGGAGAGCGGCUGAGCCCUCGGCCUGCGCUCGGCCGUGGGGUAGCCUUCUUUGAUUUGUCGUGACCUAGUCUAAGAAUGAACGCAAUCAGACUUUAAAAGUAACUAAAUAUAUUUCAGCACUUUUUUGCUUUAAACUAGAUCAUCGUAGACUUGUUUAUACCUUCAAGAUCUGAUGUUUUAUCCAGACGACUGCACUAUAUGUAUGCAUAAGACCACUUUCGAUUGCUGCGUUUCCCCUGCUGAGUAGUCCUUGGACGAUGUGUUGUGUUUUCUGACGUUGACUUGAUUUACGCUUAAGAGCAUCUCUUCCUUCCAUGUCUUGAUGUUAUGCAGGAAGUACAAAAGUACUUUAAAAUUUUGUUAUGAAAUAAAAAAAAAAAGAUGGGUUUUGUAAAAAUAAAAAAAAAUAUUUUUAGCAGAACAGGACUUACAGGGUCAUUGUCCCCACAAUGUGCCAGUCGACUAUUUGCACUUACCGUGUGCUACACACCCGUACGGAGGUGUGCAUUCCUUGUGUCAGCAGCCUGUGACACUGAACCCGGAGGAAUUACAGAGGAAGCCUCGCGGCUGACCCAAUAAUGUUGCUAAGGGAGACUACAGGGAUCUCACAACAAAUAUUCUGAUACAAUACUCAACCUCGGUAUAUAUAUAUAUGUAUAAAUAUAUGUAUAUCCCAGCGGCACUUUAUAUUGCUCACUGUACAAAAGCUGACAGUUUUCCACAAGGACUUUAAUAACUAGCUGGGAAAAGAUUAUGUAAUUACUUUGGGGCUCUGUAGGACCUUCUCUGUACAGCGCCCUCUUUCUGUUGUGCUAUUAGUUGUAGCUGCCAUGCUCAGAAUUGCCUUUUUGAGAGCUGAAGCAAGGUGCUUGCUGUCACCUGACGCCAUAUACAUGGUCCAGGGCCCAAGCCUCUCUUAGGGCCGCCAUUGUUCAUAACGGCAUAUGCAUUUCCCCACCGCGUCGUGUCUGCAGCUUCUUUCCCAAUAUAGUAAUGCUUUUAGUAGAGUAAUAGGUAGUAUCAGUUUUGGAUUCUUAUUGUUAUCACCUAUGUACAAUGGAAAGGGAUUUUAAGCACAAAUCUGCUGCUCAUCUAACGUUGGUACAUAAUAUCAAAUCAAAAGUUAUCUGUGACUAUUAUAUAGGGAUCACAAAGUGUCACAUAUGAGAAUGCUGACCUUUCAUAUGGAAUUAUUGUGAGUCAUCAGAGUUUAUUUAUUAUAACUUAUUGUUCAUAUUCAUUUCUAAGUUAAUUUAAGUAAUCAUUUACUAAGACAGAAUUUUGUAUAAACUAUUUAUUGUGCUCUCUGUGGAACUGAAGUUUAAUUUAUUUUUGUACUACACGGCAUGGGUUUGUCGACACUUUAAUUUUGCUAUAAAUGUGUGGAAUCACAAGUUGCUGUGAUACUUCAUUUUUAAAUUGUGAACUUUGUACAAAUUUUGUCAUGCUGGAUGUUAACACAUCUUACUCUAAAUAAAAAGGUGUUGCCACAUUUGUAGCACGAA